UAUAGACUGAGUGCAUGAAACAGUAAAGGAAAGAAAAUAAGCAGAAAAGUUGCUGUGUGUUUGUGACUGUCAUGUGAAGCGUUAGUUUGUAACAUGACUCAGAGCGUCACAGGCGGAAGGUCACGGAGCAGCAGGACGGAACGGAAGCGGGAGUAAAGAGCCUAUCCGCCAUUGUGGAAUACAGACACCGAGUCGCCCCAAGCAGCUGGAAGAGGCUGGUCGUCGUCCGAGCUCAGCCCAGCAAGGGGGGGUGGAAAAAAAAAACCAAAAAACGCCGCCUUGUAACGUUCACGGAGUGAUUGGACGAGAAGGAGAGACGAACCAGGAAAGCAGCACCGAAGUGCAGAAACAGAGAGACGAGCAAGCAGGGGGGGUGGGAGGGGAGAGAGAAGCCGCGGACAGUCUGACAAACAGCGAGCAGUUUCGGUUCCUGGAGGAUGUCUGCGACCACAGUCGAUCAGAGAACCAAAGGACAAGGAAAUAAAGUGCAAAACGGAUCCAUGCAUCAAAAAGAUGGUGUGAAUGAUGAUGAUUUUGAGCCUUACCUAAGCGGCCAGACAAAUCAGAAUAACAGCUAUCCACCAAUGUCUGAUCCUUACAUGCCCAGCUACUAUGCUCCAUCCAUUGGGUUUCCUUAUUCUCUGGGAGAGGCUGCUUGGUCCACAGCUGGAGAUCCGCCUAUGCCCUACCUUACCACUUAUGGACAAAUGAGCAAUGGGGAGCCGCACUUUAUCCCUGAUGGUGUUUUCAGCCAGCCAGGAGCCCUUGGAAACACUCCUCCCUUUCUCGGGCAACAUGGCUUCAACUUCUUUCCUGGCAGUGCAGACUUUUCCACCUGGGGUACCAGUGUCUCUCAGGGUCAGUCAACUCAGAGCUCAGUUUACAGUAACAGCUAUGGCUACGCUCCCAGCUCACUGGGCCGGGCAAUCACAGAUGGACAGGCGGGCUUUGGAAGUGACACCCAACUCAGUAAGGUCCCAAUGCUGAACAGCAUUGAGCAGGGUAUGACAGGGCUAAAGCUGGGUACGGACAUGGUGGCAGCUGUCACCAAAACCGUUGGCUCACCUUUAGGGGGUACAGUGGGCAUGAACAGCACAGUGGCCAAUAAUCUCCCUCCAUCUGUCAACUCGUCUGCACCUAAACCUGCCACUUGGGCAGCAAUCGCCAAGAAACCGGCCAAAUCCCAGCCCAAGGUCAAAACCAAAGCCAACAUGGGGAUGGGGGGAGGUGCUGCCAUUCCCCCACCCCCAAUUAAGCACAAUUUGAACAUUGGUACCUGGGACGAUAAGGGCUCUUUAAACAAACCGCCGUUAGCUCAGCCUAUGAUGCCCCCACAACCUCUGGUGCAGCCCCCACUCCUUUCUCAGCAUCAACCCUUACUGCAGAACCCCUUGCCCUCUCACCCUCCACACCAACCCCAGCAUCAACACCAGCCUUUCCAGCUCCAGUCUAUACAAUCACCCCAGCACCCCCAGGCUCUGCCCCAUGGCCCUCCUCACCUGCACCUCCCCUCCCAACCUGGCCUCCCACAGCACCUUCAUCAACAACAACCUCAGCAGCUUGGCCCACCCCCCAAUCGCUGGAUUGCCCCAAGGAACCGUGGUGAGGGUUUUAGUCUGGGUGGUGGAGUUCCAUUGAGUGCCUCCCCUUGCUCUGGAGAAUUGCACCCCGUGUUGGAGAAACUCCGUACCGUCAACAACUACAACCCCAAAGACUUUGACUGGAACUUGAAAAAUGGACGUGUUUUCAUUAUCAAGAGCUACUCAGAAGAUGACAUCCACCGUUCAAUCAAGUAUUCUAUCUGGUGCAGUACAGAACAUGGAAACAAGCGCCUGGAUAGUGCUUACCGUUCGCUAUGCAACAAGGGCCCUUUGUACCUGUUGUUCAGCGUCAACGGUAGUGGGCACUUCUGCGGUGUGGCCGAAAUGCGAUCGCCAGUGGACUACAACGCCUAUGCAGGCGUCUGGUCUCAGGACAAGUGGAAGGGCAAGUUUGAGGUGAAGUGGAUUUUCAUCAAGGAUGUGCCCAACAACCAGCUGCGUCACAUCCGGUUGGAGAACAAUGACAACAAGCCAGUGACCAACUCCAGGGACACUCAGGAAGUGCCUCUGGAGAAGGCCAAACAAGUGCUUAAAGUUAUUGCCACUUACAAGCAUACCACCUCAAUCUUUGAUGACUUUGCACAUUAUGAGAAACGUCAGGAAGAAGAGGAGGCUUUGAGAAAGGAGCGCAGCAGGAAUAAGCAGUGACCUUGAGGCAGACCCUCUGCAACACUAACGAUGAAGGACCUUUAAAUCAAAUUAGCCUAACCCCACGGUGGAGCGACUGUUGCGGCCUGUCCUCCCGAGACAACAAUGCAUCUGAAGAAAAGCGACAUUCGGUGGACUCAACCUGUAUCCAUUGAUUGGUGCAUCAGACCCCGUUUUCCUGUCUCACAAGAAAAGGAGUGUAAUCUGUUCGAAACUCUCUCUUUUUAAGCAUUUUCAGUCCUUCUAAGCAGCCUCUGCCAAUACCCUUGACUAUCUAACUCUGUUCUUUGAAUAUUUUUUGUUUGUUUGUGAGCUUCUAACAGAUUAACCAGAGAAGACAUUGAUUUCACCGAUUUUACUUUGUAUGUUUUUUAUUUUUACUGUCCGCCUCAAAUGGUUGGGAUAUUGGUGAGCUUCAUCUGACCUCGAAGAGAAUUAAUGAUGUGAAAAUUGACUCAAUCUGCCAGAUUGAGGGCUGGAAAUUGAUGGGUGUGGGAUGAGAUAAAUAGGAAGCGGCCACAAUCAUACCAAUCGUAGGGUCUAUCCUACCUUGCCCCUUUCUUUCUGCAUCUUUUUCUGUGUACGAAACGCUUAUGAUUAUGCAGCUGGCUGGUGAACCGCCGGCUUACGCACCUUUUUUGUUUUUUUUUUUCUUUCUUGUGGUUCUGUCAUUCUGAAGUGCAUUUGUCCGAGGAGAAAACCCGCUGCUUUGCCAGAGUUAGACUUGUUGACUGUCGUUGCUCUGAUGUGGAUGUACUCUAACUGUACCCCAGGUUCGAUCGUGCUAAACGACCCGUUGAACUUUUGGGAGAACCUCCACGGUCAGCUAAUCGACCGGAUGGAAAUUCAGCCAAAAAAAUAAAAAAAAGGAAGAGAAAGAACCAUCAAAUGCAAAUAUGUGAUUAUUUUCUCCUAUUGGUAACUCACUAGCUAAAUAAAAAAAUGAACUAAGUUUAGCGCUGAUAAUGUCUUUGUGUUGUGACUUCCUUUCAUCAGACUUUAGACUUUUACACAGUGUACUUUCUGAGGGUAUCACGUUUUAGUUCCUUGCAGUUCAGAUCCAUACAUUUCAAUUUGUGUAAGUGCCUGUAAAUAAACGACUUACUUACUGGAA